AUGGACGCCUCACCAGUAACUCUCGACCAGAGCAACCUCGACCGUCUCUCUGACAAAGACAAGACGGAGCUGCGCCAAUUCAUCGCCAACGAGCAGCAGCGAACUAGGGUGCAAUCUCAAACCCAUUCUCUUACGGAGAUGUGCUGGAAGAAAUGUGUCACUAGCACGAUCAGGAGCAAAACCCUAGAAAAGGGCGAAGAGGCAUGUCUAGCCAAUUGCGUGGACCGGUUUCUGGACAUGAACAUUAUGACGGCGAAGCACCUGGCGAGCAUGCGCCGCCCAUAA